AAGAGUCAUGAUGUAGGCCUCGUGUUUUGACUUUCUCUUUUCAUCUUUUUGGUUCAUAGAUUUGCAAGAAGAAGAAGAAGAGCGGUUCUUGUAUCCCUAAGCGGCGGUCUUUAUUAUGUUCGGAGGGACCAUUCAGUUUCAGGCCCUCCGUCAAUUAAUUUGUGGGUUGGAACGAAUACCCUACAUCAACGAUACAGCACACGAUGGAGCCGCUAAACUUAUGGUCUAAUAUCUUACCGCUUGACGAUGCUAUAUUCUGUCUAACAUUCCGCUUUUGCUGGAAUCUUAGUCUCCUGGGGGUUCAUUUUUUCUGUCUGCUACUUGGUUUACUUUGUCAUAAAUUAACCACGUUGCUGUCAAAGUCGCUGGCUGACGAUUAUGGAGUAAAGUGGAGCCUUUGCUUCGUUAAGGAUAUUAUUCGAAAUAAAUUACAAGGGUUGAAGUGGAAUCUUUACCCUUUUACGGACAUAUAAUAAUAGCCAACUCUGGUAGAGUGGAAUAUUUACCAGUUAAGGCAUAUGCCAAAAAGGCUAAGGAGGAUCACCAAGAUGAUACGAGCAAAGAUAAGCGCUGGCAGCGAAAUAAACUCGAAGAUAUAGCUCAAACCUUAAGGCCUCCUUUACAGUUAUUUCCACGCGACGUUUAGAGGAUGUGCCCAUGGGUGAGCAUGCACUCCAGAGCCAUGAGCACUAGCCUUAAUUCUAAACGCGCGAGUACUCAUCUUUCGUUCCUUCCUCUUGGUGAGACCUCUGGCGGUAGUAGUGUGAUUCUACAAGUGCGCGCACAUUAAUAUUUUGAAGUCAGUCCUCUUUCUUACUUUUACUAUGUAUAAGCUCUUCUUACUUACUGUGUCGUCGUUGUAUCGCUUUCGUGGUCUCGUUUUUUCGCUGCUAUAUCUAGGUCUAGUAUAGUCGAUUCUUCAAGGUAUUUCAUGACCUUUUUCCAUCAAAACAACCCACAGCCACACACUCACACUUAGAAGGUACUAAGCCGCGAAGUUUGACGCCCGCCGCCUCAGAGACUUGACGGAAGUCCUCACUACAUUUUCACUCCAUAGAAAUACUGCUCUUAGAAAGUCCUAGGCUCAUCUUAUUAGUAAUUCUUGUAGUGAUUAUUGUUCAUAAUUAUUGUUAAAACAAUAACAACAACUGCAACAAUCGAACUCAUUGCCACCGGUCGAUGAUUGUGUGGGCUUUUGCUGACCAUUCAAAGAGGAUCAAAAAUGAACGCAGGGAGCAAUCGUCGGACUUCGUUUACGGCCUGGCCCCAGCUCCCUGGUGCUCGACGCCCUCGGCUAAGACCGGGCUUGGCUUGCUUCGUUGUUGUUAUUGUGGUCCUCUCUUUUGUGCAGUGCCGUUGCCUUUCUCGUGGCGGCGGCGGCGUCUUCUUCUUCAGACCGAACACCACUAGAAAAUGGUGGCUCGAGACCGAACGCAUCGCCAAUACCCAACGCAUCGCCAGUAUCUAAACCGUCAGGUGGGAGCGACAUUAAGGCCCGCUGGUCGAAUUAUGCGGGCCGCUCGACCAAUCAUGGCGGCGCCUACCGGAAAAGCGUCUCCCAGUUCGGAGGAAAUCGUAGCGAUCUGCAGCGGCGACAGCUUAUGCGCGCGUGGAGGCAGUGCCGAGAAUUCCCGAGAUGCCGAGACGAAGAGCAAUCGCAAUGAUAAAUCCGGCGCGCAAGGUCAACAGUCACGAGUAAGAGGCGCGCCGAGGGCCGCUUCGUCUCGUCGAAAUUCGUGGCUGGCAACCGGAAUGUUCUCACGACUGCAAGCGAACUGCCUGACGUCAGGCGUAGAGGUUCCACGGCGCAAGCGCAUGACAUCAGCAGCGGCAGCGGAGCCAUCCUCUUCCUCUCAACAGACGCAGAAUUGCAGAAGUGACCCCCCGCACAGCGGCCACGAAUACUUCCGAAGCGACAGGAGCCGCAGUCGACGACGCCGCCGUUGCGCAAACUCCAUUCGAGUCUCGCAAAGGGCAUAACAGUAAUGCCUUCAGCGAGAAGAGGACGCGAAGCCAUCUGCGGCAGCAGGAAGAGCAGCUUGCUGCGCACUUCAAGCAGGCAAGCGCGGGCGACCGAAGUGACACGGGAAGCGAGGACGGGCACGCUAUCAGCAAAACAGUCCUUCCUUUCGGGCGUGAGGAAAAUCCAGGCCAAGUGUGAAGCUGCGCAGCGAGUUUCUCGCUUCCGUCGACCUACUCCAGUUGCUUCGGCCUUGACUACGACUUUCCUCACGGCGACGGCCUUAAGGGUGACGUGCCUCCAUAUCCACUAGAGUCCCCGAGGGCCGAGGUCCUUCGGUUUGGAGACCGCGACGAGUGGGCUCGACUGGCGGCAUCACCUGCCGAGGAGACCCGUUUGUUCUGGGAUCCUGUGAAGAUGUUUAUGCGGAGCCUACAGUAUGAUACACGUUGGUAAGUGUACUAAGAUUAGGACUUUCAGCGCGCCGUAAUGAUGGCACAGAAGGAAUUAAUAUCGACACCUCAUCUAAACCAACAUGGCUGUCUCUCUCCACUUCACAGCCUUGUGAGUGGUCAUCGAGUUUGUUGUUCACAACUGUGGCAUGGAUUUUCAGAUGAUUUAUAGAUUUUCUGCGUGAACAAAAUGGCCCUAUUUUUACAUUUUCAGGGGCGCAGUGAAACAGUUUUACGCGUUCUGUCAUGCUUCCCGGUAGUGUCCCAUCAAGAAUAAUCUCUGCCUGUUUUAGAGCUCCAUUUACAUAGGUGCAAAUUCAUUUUAAACUAAACGACUUCGAAAAGUCAGACUUUUCACAAUCCCCUACUGAGUGCCUGUGCCGUGAAUGUACGUGGUCUUGUGGUUCUUGCUGCAACGUUGCCCCGUCCCCUUUCCGCCUUACACUGUUUUUACAUGGAAGGAGGUCGAUGAAACAAAACAUACCAGAUUUGUUUCAGUUGUCUGCGUACUAUCCAGGUUGCAGUCGCAGUGAUAAACAGUUACUGAUGCUCAAGACUAGAGCUAAAACGGAUGAAGCACUCCCAACAUGGCUGCGGAGUAUUACAGCACUAUGUAGUUUGUAGACUGUGACUCGAUCAUCUUCAUCGCAAACUGAUACAAUUUGACAUGGCAACAUUCACACUCUAUGCGUCAUGUUCUCACAUUUUUUCUUUGAGUAUGGAAAAUAA